GGGCCGGGGAGCGGCGGCCGCGGCGUUGGGCGUUCUGUCACUCCGCUGGCCGCCGGCGCUCCGCCGCCUUUUGUCUCCUUUUCUCCCGUUUAUUUUUCCCCGGAGCUCCUAUCCUGCUGGACGGGGAGGGUCGUUUGGGAGGCGCUGCUCGGUUUCGGGGGUGGCACCGCAGGUCGGUGCCGCGGGGUUGCGGUGGGACCCGAGACUGAGCCCGGUGCUGCCCUGCCCUGCCCGACACCUGCCCUGCCCGUGGUCCCGGGGAAGGCGGUGCCUGUUCCUUCCCCUGCUCGGCUCCGCUGCCCUUGACCUUUGGGAUGCUGGGGCCGCCUUGGUCGCUGUGCGGCUCCCAGGGCACCGUGUGCUUACAGCUGUGCUGCUCUGUAGCUAAGCACGGGGCAAAGAGCCGCUCCCCGCUGACUGCUUUCCUGAAAUAGGGAGGAAGGAAUGCUUCAGCCACUGCAGCGAAGGAGCAGUACCAAGUUUGAAAGAUCAGCAGUAAACAAAGGCAGAGUGAAGACUUUGCCACGUCGUGACUGAAGGUAGAAGGAAAAAACAAAACCUGCAAGGAGAUCAGCCCAGCAGCAGACAUUCCACAUUUGUGGAAUCCACAGGCUUUGGGGGAUCUUUGUUACACUUGCAGAAGAACAAAUAACACUGCCACACAUCCAUAAUUGUGUCACCUGAAAUCUGGUAGCAGCUGUAGAUGGCUCAGCUUCCUCCUGGGAUCCGUUUCAUCACUUCAUUCUCACGAGAUCAGUGGUAUAGAGCUUUCAUUUUCUCUCUCACCUUCCUGCUGUAUGCCAGCUUCCAUCUCUCAAGGAAACCUAUCAGUAUAGUGAAGGGAGAGCUGCAUAAGCAUUGUGCAAGCCAAGUUGAACUUGACUCCUCCAAAGAAUAUGCUGCCCAGAUCCAGCCUGUCAAAAAGCCAUUUAAUGCCUCUCAGUGUGGAUGGGAGCCAUUUGAUAAGAGCAACUACAAACAGCUACUGGGAGCUCUGGAUUACUCAUUUUUGUGUGCAUAUGCAGUUGGGAUGUAUUUAAGUGGACUCAUCGGAGAGCGGCUGCCCAUCCGCUACUACCUGACAGGGGGGAUGCUGGCCAGUGGACUCUUCACUGCAAUGUUUGGAUUGGGUUAUUUCUAUAAUGUGCAUAAUCUCUGGUUCUACAUCAUGGCCCAGAUAGCCAAUGGGCUGGUGCAAACCACUGGCUGGCCAAGUGUCGUUACAUGUAUUGGCAACUGGUUUGGAAAAGGAAGGAGAGGUUUGAUCAUGGGAGUCUGGAAUUCACACACUUCAGUGGGGAAUAUUUUGGGAUCCUUGAUUGCUGCUUACUGGGUGUCCACGUGCUGGGGUCUCUCCUUUGUGGUGCCUGGGGUCAUCGUGGCUCUCAUGGGGGUUGUUUGUUUCCUGUUCCUCAUUGAACAUCCUAAAGAUGUCAGUUGCUCCUGCACACCAUCUAGUAGUUCUAAAACCUUCCUGAACGGUGCCUCUCGGUGCAGAAUCCAGAUGCCAACCUUAAAUGCUAAGGAAAAUGGCAAACCUCAGGAUGCAGAGAUGCAGCAUUUACUCACUGACAGUGAGAACUGCACCCUGGCCACUGGGGAAGGAAGGCAUGGGACAUCAGCCAUCAGCUUCCUUGGGGCCCUGAGGAUACCUGGAGUUGUGGAGUUCUCCCUUUGUCUCCUGUUUGCAAAGCUGGUGAGCUACACUUUCCUCUUCUGGCUUCCCCUCUACAUCACAAAUGUGGAGCAUCUUGAUGCCAAAAGAGCUGGGGACCUUUCCACACUGUUUGAUGUGGGUGGGAUCUUUGGUGGGAUCUUGGCAGGUCUGAUUUCAGACAGGCUGGAGAAGAGAGCAUCAACCUGUGGAAUGAUGUUGCUGCUUGCAGCACCCACACUGUACAUGUUCUCUGCAGUCAGUAAAAUGGGCCUUGAGGCUACUGUAGUGAUGCUGCUUAUCAGUGGUGCCCUGGUGAAUGGCCCUUAUGCCCUGAUCACCACUGCUGUGUCUGCUGACUUGGGCACCCACAAAAGCCUGAAGGGGAACGCAAGAGCCUUGUCCACGGUGACGGCGAUCAUCGACGGGACAGGAUCUGUGGGUGCAGCUUUGGGGCCUCUCCUGGCUGGCCUUAUUUCCCCUUCUGGUUGGAACAACGUGUUUUACAUGCUCAUGGUGGCAGAUGCAUGUGCCUUGCUACUCUUACUCCGUCUUAUCCAGAAGGAACUUCAGUGUCAUGCAGAUCACACCCUGUUCAAAGAGCACUGAGCUACCAGAGCUGGGAUGAGGAGUGUGCCCGUGGAUGGAGCUGCUCCCUGAGAACCAAACCCCAUGGCACAGCUGAUUCUGUAUUUCAAGGGUCUCUGUGUGGUCAGGAGCCUUGCAGGUUUGCUGGGAGCAGUGUGAGACUUGGUAAAUCCCUGGAGCUCUGAUUUUUGCACAUGAAUAAGUACCUCAGGAUGGCCACUGUCCAUCAGAGAAGAGAUGGGGACUUGGGGAAGGUUUCAGCAGCACGCCUCAACUGAGCCAAAGAGAAAUACCAAGUGCCUUUUUUGUUUCUUUUGAUAGGAUGUUUUUAAUUGAAACUAUGAACUGUGUAAUUGCCAACAAUCAAGGCAAAGCUGGAGCAGGAGGAAGUUGAAAUUUUAACAGUCUAUGAGGGGCUGUCCCAGGAUCAGUUAGCAGUGUGUCUCUUAUGUCAUCUUGUGUACACUGAGAGCAUCACUUCAUAGAGGACAAUAUCAGCUGGUUAUUAAGAUGUGCUGCUAUUAGGGUUUGAAGCUGCUCACACAAUAAUCACCUGGCUAUAUUAUUAAGUUUUAGCUACAGUUCUCCAUCCCAAGGACAGCAUCCAGCCUUUUGGUAGGUUAUAAAAGAGAAUUUACUCUUGCUGUGUACUGCACUUAGCAGUUUUCACAGAUCCUCUGGAUGAAUGUUAGUACUCCAUUAGGAUUAUGCAAAAAAAGAAAAGAAAAAGAGUCCUGAGCAACAAAAAGCAGUUUAUGAGUCAGAAUUUCCAGUGGGGGCUCUAAUGAUUUUUCAGGACAUUAUAAAGUGGUUGUGCAUUUUAACUUCCCUGCCAGGCUGGGCUGACAUGAGAGGGGUUUCUUUGGGGUGGCAGAGAGCGGUGAGCUGUCCUGUGUGAGCAGCACUGGACUGAGCAGGGGGAGCUGCUCUGGUGCCCACUGGCACAGGGGUCCCUGUUGGGUUCCAGUGCUGGGUGUGCACGUGGAAGUCAUCAUCAGAUCUGGGCCCUAAUAUCCAGAAAUCUCUAUCAAGUGGCUCUGGGUUUUAGAUUUGGAACCAAAAUAUCAGAGGAGAAAAAUUAUCUGUGUGGGUGGUAGUUUGUAAGAGAACAUUUGAGUACCUAGUGCUACCCAGAAAAUAGAUGGUGUAAUGUCUUCAGAACAUAUCAUUUCUUUCUACAGCUGUCUGCUUUGAAAACAGAAUGUUUCUGUGAUUUUAUUUUGCGUUUUUAAGAUGUACAAAGUGAAAAGAAAUCUUUUUUUGUAUGGGGUGUUUAUACUUAGAUCACAAAGAUUAGGUAAUUUAAACUGUGUGUUAUCCUUAACUGUAUUUAUUAAAGCUCUAGGCCUUUGUCUUGCUCUAUGCUCUUAAGUUUUGUAAGACAGUGCAAGAGUCUUUACACUUGAUUAGCAAAACACUUUAAAAGCCCUGCAAAAUAUUCAGGAAUGUCCCAUCAGCUGCUGCUAACACUUAAUUUCCAGGGCUGUUUUGUACCUGCUCAGUCUUUGAGUUGCUUCUACUGGUUUGUGCUUCAUGCUUGACCUGGGCAGUGUCAGAAUGGGCUCAGUUUUAGCUGUUUAGCUGAGCAGAGGUGCAAGGAUGAUCCACAGGGACUUAGGGAAGGUGCCAGGUCCUUGCAGGGAGCUCUAGGAGGGUCCUGUCCUUGCACUUAAUGGAUGGAAGGUUGACCUUGCACAUUCAGAGUAAACCAGGGGAGAUUCUCCACAACUGAACUCAAAUCUCUGUGCUGUGCUUGGGCUGUGGUUAAAUGUGACAGAAUUGUGCAGCAAUGUUACUUGGAAGGGCUCCCAUCCUCCUGGAAUGUCCAACUGCUCCUCACUCAACCAGGCUGAACCUGAGGCACUGCUGAAACAGCCUCUGAUGGGGCAGAAAUAACACUGCAAGCCCAAAACAGCUGUCCUGGCACAACCUCAGUGCCUGUGUAAGGAGGGAGAGAUGGAUGGAGGACCACUUCAGCUGGGGAUCCCAGUCCCCUUCCCCAAAAAUGUGUGUAGAGCUUUACACUAGUUUACUGAAACAGUUCAAGCUCUGCUGUGCUCAGAUUUUGAGAAGCUGUUCCCUGUGGGCUGAAGUCUGAUGUUAAAAAGCUUUUGGUUUAUUUCUGAAGAUAUUUAAGUGUGUUUUGGGUUUUAUUUCUUGUGGCUGCUGCUGUUAUUUAUUUAUUUAUUUGAAUAGCUUUUGCACUGCAGUGACUUGGGUAUGGGGUAAUGACAGAUUACAUUUCAGUUCCUCCAAGAUACAAAUUUGUUGGACAAAAAGAUUUGAUUUUCUAUUUUAAAAAACCCUAAAGGUCCCCCAAAUAGUGAAUAAACUGUGUGUUUUGUUAGUAUCAGGUGUUUACAUCUGGAAAUGGGCAAGACUGACAAAAUUUUGUGUGUCAAAAUGUGAGUGACCAGUAGGGGCAGCCAAAUUUAAAAAUUUAAUGUGACUGCAGAGUUGGUUCUGUUGUGUUUUUUUUUUUUUUGUUUUUUUUUUAAUGCUGAUUAUUGUGAAUUUUAUCCAUUCACCAUCCUGUGCUGAAUAAAAAUAGAUUCUCUU